CCAUUAUGAUUAUCGUUAAAGCAUCCUCAACAUCAAAAUUUUAUAUUAAAAACCAAAAAAUAUUUAAUGCAUAAAAACACAUCACUAUUCAUUGAUUUUAACAGAAAAUAUAUUUUUUUAUAUGUUUGUAGAAGAUUGUCUCCUUUAAAACUAAACAAAAGAUCAAUUUGGAUCCAAUCUGAACCAACACCUAAUGAAAAUGCGAUUAAAUUUAUUCCAGGAGUCAAUAUUCUUCCAGAAUCCUCUGCAUCCAUAGAAUACUUAAAUAGCCGUCAAGCAGUCUCUUCACCUCUUGCCAGGAAGCUUUUUUCACUAGAUGGUGUUAAAUAUGUAUUCUACGGACCAGAUUAUAUUACAAUUACAAAACAUUCAAAAAAUGCAUGGAGUCCUCUUAAACCAGAGAUUUUUUCAGUUAUUAUGGAACAUAUAAGCUCAGGACAACCUAUUUUUCUCCCAGAAGCAGAAAAAAGUCCCGACAAAAACUCAGAAGAAGAUUCAGAAGUUGUUUCGAUGAUUAAAGAGUUGAUAGAGACACGAAUUCGUACAGCUAUCCAAGAAGAUGGAGGUGAUGUUGAAUAUAAAGGAUUUCAUAAUGGAAAGGUUUUCCUUAAGCUCAAAGGUGCAUGCAAAACAUGUGACUCGUCAGUUGUCACCCUAAAAAAUGGCAUAGAGAGUAUGCUUAUGCAUUAUAUACCAGAUGUAAAGGGCGUUGAACAUGUCUUGGAUGAAGAUGAAGAAGUAGGCAUUAAAGUAGAAAAAUAAGAUAGCCUGUAUUUUACUAAAAUAGCUGAUAUGUAUUUAGGAAUUUGAAAAUUUA